CUGGUAUGAGUAUUAUGGGUUGUCUGGAAUUAACCAGGCGAACGUGGAGAGAGAAAAUAUAAGCGAGAUAGAAGUAAACAUGGAGCUGUCGGCUGUCGGGGAAAGGGUUUUCGCAGCAGAAUCCAUCAUCAAACGGCGGAUACGGAGAGGUCGAAUGGAAUACCUGGUGAAAUGGAAGGGCUGGUCUCAGAAGUAUAGCACCUGGGAACCAGAGGAAAAUAUCCUGGACGCUCGUCUUUUCGUCGCUUUUGAAGAAAGAGAACGCGAGCGAGAAUUGUUCGGGCCCAAGAAGAGGGGACCGAAACCGGAGACUUUCCUUUUAAAGGCUCAAGCUAAAGCCAAAGCCAAAACGUACGAAUUCAGGAGCGAUAUGACAAGAGGUAUUCAGGUUUCAUAUCCAGUCCCGGAACCGGUCGUCACACCGCGCGCUCGCGAAGGGUUAAGGACCGUAGUACCCACUAUUUUUCCACCGAGUAGUAUCAACAGGGGGGAGAGCGUGCGAGUCAGACCUCCGGAGCCGGAGCGCGGCCAGCGAUUGGUGGGAGCACCACGGCAGAUUUCAGAAGGUUUCGUUUCAGCGCCCAAGAAGAGGGGGCCGAAGCCCAAACUGCGCUUCAAAGACUGUUCUAAUAUCUGUCCAGCCCACGAACCCGGAAAGAUGAACAGGCCAGACUCCCAGAUUAACUUUGGGCCAUCCAAAUUGGCAAAACACGGUCUUCCCGAGGCGGGAAACUCAAAGCUGAGUGUUAUACAACUCCCUCGAAGGCACCACCCGGAGUCUAAUUAUGUCAAAAAGCAGCUAGGAUAUGGAUCGCACAGCACGCUGAACUAUGCCUCUGCUAGCGGGCCCAGUAGAAUGGGCUCCGACUUUCCCCAUGGAAGGACUAAAGAGGGCGCGGUGAGCAUACUGGCUCAGCCCAAACUACAGCACCUUUCAAAGAGCGGUUUUCAUGGAUCCGACAGCUCUUCACAAAAGGAAAAGCCCGAAAUCCUUGACAAAAUUCCAGUGCCCAGGAUAUUUACGGAGUCCUCAGAAGACUCCUGGACCCCUUGUCUGAACAACAUCGAGAAGGUUGUUGUGACAGAUGUAACAUCAAACUUUCUGACUGUGACCAUCAAAGAAAGCAACACGGACAAAGGAUUCUUUAAAGAUAAAAGAUGAUAGUUUCAUUUUUUCCGUUGGUUUUUAAAGAACUCUUUGAUUUUGUUUAUCUGUAAAAAAAGGAAGAAAAAAAAAAGUAGAUCCUAACUUAAUAAGUACAAUUCUGAAAUGAAUUUUCUAUACAACUGUACAUUUCAAUACCAUGUGAACUUGUGUGUGUAAUAAAUGUCUAACCUGUAUUUAAUGACCAAAUUAAACCAUGUCCAUAGGCAGUGUAUGCCAGGAAUAACUAUUUUUCGUACAAGAUUGCACGUACCAAAUUAUUUUAGCUGUAUGAAACGUUUGUGCACAAUGAAGUUGCUUUUCACCUGUAGUAGUUUUGAUUUGCUUAAGUAGCAGCAAGUAACUUUUGUCUACUUUGUUUGACUUAACUACAGAUGAGGAAGCUGAUCAUUUCACGGACAUUUAAAUUCUGUGAAACUAAUUCGAGCAUUAGUUCGAAUUAAUUGUAUUAAAACUAUUUUGACAAGUUACAAAAGUGUAGCCGCGCACUUUUAAAAAAUAGUUUUGUUUGAACACCAAUGCCUCUUCAUAUUUUAAGGUCUGCAUAUUUCAUUUAUAGAAGAUUUAUAGUACAUAGUCAUGCUUAGGCUAUUGGCGUUACUCUUUUGUUUUAAGGGAAACAAUAACCAAUUUGUCGAGGUCACACAGAAUAUGAAGUAAUGUGACCUUGUUUAACGUCAUUGUUAAUUCUUUCUUGUCUUUAUUUCCAUAUAAUACUUGCAUUGAUUUCCCUUGACAUUCUUGUAAUGGAGUACAUUUUUAUUAAAACUAUACGUACUUGCCUAUUGACAA